AUGUCCAAGAGAUUAGUUGCGCCACCUUACACUCAUCGUACAGGCUGGAAACCAUCAACUCCCCAGGAUUUUGGCGACGGUGGCGCUUAUCCAGAGUGUCACAUCGCUCAAUAUCCCUUAGAAAUGGGCAGAAAGAAGGCAAAAUCUUCAAAGACGCUUUCUUUGACUGUAGACGGUUCAGGUAAAGUCAAAUAUGACGCGAUCGCUAAGCAAGGUAGAGGCGAUAAUGCACACCUCAUUCAAACUUCUUAUCAAGACGUUUUACCGCUCGCUAAGCGCACAGAUGUCGAUAACAAAGAAAUGGAUAGACCAUCUGAAGACCAAAUAGCUGAAACUACCGAGAGAACGAAAGCUGCUUUGGAAAAGAUUGUUGGAAACAAAAUAAAGUCAUCCCAUAGUCGUGAAAUCGCUGGUAAACCAGCCCAAGCACAGUAUGUGAGGUAUACACCAAAUGAGGGUUCACAGAGAGUUAUUCAAAUCAGAGAUGCUGUCGAAGAUCCUCUCGAGCCACCUCGAUUCAAGCAUAAGAAAGUUCCAAGAGGUCCACCAUCACCUCCCCCACCUAUUUUGAGAUCUCCACCUCGUAAAGCUACUGCAGCUGAACAAAAAGAGUGGAUGAUUCCACCAUGCAUAUCCAACUGGAAGAAUAACAAAGGUUACACUAUCCCUCUUGACAAGCGUCUCGCUGCUGAUGGUAGAGGUCUUCAGGAUGUACAAAUAAACGACAACUUUGCCAAAUUCUCAGAAGCACUCUUUAUUGGUGAGAGGCACGCUCGUGAUGAAGUACGUCAACGUAACGUCAUGCAACAACGUCUAGCAGAGAAGGAGAAACUCAGCAAGGAGGAGAACCUCCGUCAAUUAGCUCAAAAAGCCAGAGAAGAACGCAGUGGAGGUACUUCUUCUGGUCAAAGAGCUGCUAUGCCAAAUCUUGCAGCUUAUGGAAGCGACUCUGAUGCUUCAGAAUCAGAAUCAGAAUCAGAAGCAGAAAGCGAUCAAGGUGUUGAAGAACGUGAGAGAAUGAGAAGGGAGAAACGUAAUGAACGUGAACGUGAAAUGCGUAUCAGUCAUAUGGGUCACGAACAACGCGCUAAGCAACUAGCCCGUGAGCAGAACAGAGAUAUCAGUGAAAAAGUCGCACUCGGUCUCGCUAAACCAACUCUCUCGAAAGAGGCAAUGUUUGAUAGUAGAUUAUACAACCAAGAGAAACUCGGUACAUCCUUUGGUGACGAUGAGAGCUACAAUCUCUACGAUAAGCCUCUUUUCCAUGGAUCAAGCGCAGCUGCUGCAAUUUACAAACAUCGUAAUCAAGAUGGUGAUGAUGAGCUUGUUGGUGGUGGUACCGAAGAAGGUGUCGACAAUGCACUCAAGAAUGAUAGAUUCAAUCUCGGUGCUAAUGCAACGAAGGGCUUUGAAGGUGCUGAAUUACAAGAAGCUCGCGAGGGUCCUGUUGAAUUCGAAAAAGACGUUGAUCCAUUCGGUGUUGACCAAUUCCUUAAUGAAGCUAUACAAGGCAACAACACAUCAAAACGUGGUCUUGAUGAAGCACCUGCGGACUCGCGUAAACGUCAAAAAGCUAGAGAUGAUGAUUUAUAA